UUAAAUUUUUAUUAUGUAGAUAGCUAUAAUGUACCUUUUAUGUAGUUAAUUUGUAUUGUUUGUGUAGUUGUAAUGUACCCUUUGCCAUAUUUGUUGUUCUAUGCGUUUGACAGCUUUUGAAUUUUACCCUCAAAUUGUUAUUAAUUCCUAUUUUACAGUUGUGAGACAAAAUGAGCUCCCAAAUAAGUACAAAAGAAAGGCUUUUGUACAUAAUAGAUGAUAUGGAAUUAAUAUCCAAGGAAAUCAUAGAAAACGCCAUAGCACCAAAAACGAACAAGUUAUCAGGCCCCGAAUACGCCCAACUAACAGACUUACUUGUGGCCAAAGACAAUGAGCUCAAAGAAACAUUAAAACUGGCAGCCGAACAAGCCCUGAUAAACCAGAAAAUGGACCUACUUAAAGCUGAGGUUGAAAGGCAAGAUCAAGACAUAAACCAGCUACAAAAACAGCUCAAAGAGGCGGAACAAAUUCUAUCGACUGCCAUUUACCAGGCCAAUCAAAAGUUACAGUCAAUAGCCAGGGCAAACAAGAAGCCGGUCUCGUCAGAGGAGCUGAUCAAGUUUGCGCACAGGAUUAGCGCCUCGAACGCCAUUUGCGCCCCGCUGACGUGGCAGCAAGGCGACCCGAGGAGGCCUUACCCCACAGACAUUGAAAUGAGGCUGGGGCUGUUGGGGCGUCUGGCAGACCCCACUAACGGCCAUCUGUUACAGCAACAAAGCAGUAUGUCGGACUUGCACCGACCCGGGCACACUGGAGAAAUACCAGCUUCGCAACAAAACCAGUUUGCCUGGCAUCCCUCAGGUGAAAUGCACAUAACAAUGGGGCAGGGGACAGUGCCAAUCGACACCAGGAAUCACAAACAGGAAAACGAAGACGUUGAGGUCAUGUCGACAGAUUCAAGCAGUUCGUCCUCAAGUGAUUCUCAAUAGUAUCACUAUGAGUUAAUUAAGUUAUUGCUUUGUUCGAUUUUAAUUAAAACAUGUAGUUGUUCUACUGAUAAUUUAUUUGUGAGGUACCAAUUUAACAUAUAAAUUGUGUAAUAAUUUUGAUUAUUAAAUUAUGUUAAAUAAAAACACCUGAAUGUGUGA